UUAUUGAUGCAUUAACUGUUACCUGUAACAUUGAAAAAAGUAAAUAAAAAAAAUUCUUGCAUUGUUUACUGUUAAAUUUGUACAAACUUAUUUUUAAGAUUAAUUCACAAUGACUGGGCCUUAUGAGAAAGACAGUAUUUUGACUAAAUACUUUUACCACAUUGGCUUGGGCCUAAUGGGUGCUGGAACUCCUGUAGUACAUAAUUAUUAUCUUCGACGACCUUACUACUCUGGAAUUCACCGACAUAUUGUGUUGGGUAUCAUUGGUAUUUAUUGCGGCUACUAUAUGGACGAAUUUUUCAAAAGAAAGUUUGCUGAACGUGAUGCUGUCAUAAAACAUUACAUUGAACUUCAUCCUGAAGAUUUUGUCGACAAGAGGAGAAAAUUUAAAGAAAUUUUUGAUGAAUGGUAUCCACAACGUUAACUUGAGAAAUUUCUCUCAGUUGUAGGACUAAUCAAUUUAAUUAUAUAUUGUUUCGAAUAAGGAAUUGUAGUUUUUGUUAAGAGUGUCAGAACUUAUUCCAUGCAUAUUUUUGGAUUCAUCACACUCUGGUUUAUUAUGCUUAAAUAAAAUUACUGUGUAAUAUUUAGCAUAAUAAUGCAUGCGUUU